UCUUAAGUUAAUAAAAUCAAAAUAAUAAUGAAAUACAAAUAUUAUUUAAAUUUCAAUAUAAAAAUAAAAUCAAAAUAACAAAACAACGACCAAUGGGUUCAUCUAAUUAUCAAAGAAUAUGGGGUAAAGAGAUUUUUUAAAUGAACCCGAUCCUCUUAUUCUUCUUCUCCUCCGUAGCUUUGAUUUACAUCGAAACUUCACAACUCUUUCGCAAUUCUUUGGUUCACAUUGAAACCCUAGAAAACGAGGAUAGAGUCAAACUUCCUUUUCCUUCACAGCUCUUUGGUUCACUCUAAAAUUUCACGAAAGUGAUAAGAAAGUUGAAGCAUUAUAUUUUUCGGAAUUGCGAAGAUCAUGCAUUCUCUCUCUGACUAGAUUUGGCAUUUGCUAGCCCAUCCGUUUCAUUGAUGUUGUUUAAUUUGUUUACAUUUCUUGUCAUACAGGCCCAUAAUCAAAACUUGUGGCUCUGGAAUGUUGCAAUGAGAUCCUUUGUUGCUAAAGGUGUAGAUUGUACUAUAAUCAUGGAUUGAUUGCUCAAGGUUGUCUCUAUCAAUGUAUUUGUGGUUUCUUUAAUAGUCAUAGGAGAGACUCUUAGCGUCUCCUUUUAAUUUUUUUGGUUCAAUUAUACCGAUAUUUAGUUCGUAUGAAAUAAUGGACAUAAUAGGAUAAGAUCUAGCUUUUUUAUUGUGAUUCACAAAAUAAUGAAAUAGUAUAUGGCAAAAUCUUUGAAUUUCACAUCUUAUACUAUUUACUUUUAUUGUGGUUAGAAGUUUAAAAUGAUUAAAACGCAAUUCAAAUAUUCUUCAUGAUCGGUGCUAAUCAAGGCACGGGUGCAUAGUUGUUAUGGAAAAGUGACCGAAUCAACAAGUCACGGAAAGUGCAUGGACAUCCUUUUUGGGUACGAUGAAAUUGGAAAGACAUUCACCAAGGAAAGGCGUACCCACAUUUUGGGGGGAUAUGUUUCUGACUUUAGCAAACCUACUCGAUGAAACUAAUGACUAAGGAUGGACUAGAGUCAACUUAUUUUACUAAAUCCAUGAUCUUCUACUGUGACCUAAGAAAGAUCAUCAUUAUCCAACAUUCAGCCCUUUAAUUUCCCGAAAUCACCUUUUAGCCCCGCCCAUUUGUUUCGCUCUCUCUCGUUUUCUUCCCCUGCACCACCUGUCACUUCCUUUCUUGAAGUCACCCUCCGGGCCUCCACCCUCGCCUCCCUCCAAAAAAGGAAAAAGAGAGAGAGAGAAAAAUCAGUCCAUCGACUUCUUCAUCGAUUCUCCCUCGCUUCGCGCUCGCAGACCCGACCCGGAAACCCGCCAUGCCUCUCGCGAUGCAUGCCAAGUCGGACUCGGAGGUGACGAGCAUGGACGCCGCCUCGUCGCCGCCGCGGUCCCCGCGCCGGCCGCUCUACUACGUCCAGAGCCCCUCCAACCACGACGCCGAGAAGAUGUCCUACGGCUCCAGCCCCGCGGGCUCCCCGACCCACCCCUACUACCACUGCUCCCCCAUCCACCACUCCCGCGAGUCCUCCACCUCCCGCUUCUCCGCCUCCCUCAAGAACUCCAACCCCCGCCACCUCUACGGCGGCGCCUGGCGGAAGCUCCACCGCGGGCACGAGACCGACGACGACGAGGACGACGAGGAGGAGGACGGGGAGGGCCGCCGCGGCAGCUCCUCCGCAUGGCGCGGCGCGAGGCUCUACGCCUGCUUCGUCCUGCUGUUCGUCCUGCUCUUCACGGCGUUCUCGCUGAUCCUGUGGGGCGCCAGCAAGAGCUACCGGCCGGAGAUCGUCGUCAAGAACGUGGUGUUCGAGAACUUCAACGUGCAGGCGGGGAACGACCCGAGCGGGGUGCCCACAGACAUGCUGACGCUGAACUCGACGGUGAGGAUGGUGUACCGGAACCCCGCGACAUUCUUCGGCGUCCACGUCACCUCCUCCCCGCUCGACCUCCACUACUUCCAGCUCCACCUCGCCUCCGGCCACAUGAAGAAGUUCUAUCAAUCGAGGAAGAGCCAGCGGCCAGUGGUGACAAUGGUGGCAGGGUAUCAGGUUCCCCUUUAUGGUGGGAUCUCAGUCCUCAGCAUGGCCAGAGAGCACCGUGAGAAGGUGGCCGUGCCAUUAAACCUGACAUUCGUGGUGAGGUCGAGAGCAUAUAUCUUGGGGAAGUUGGUGAAGUCCAAGUUUUAUAGGAAAAUCAGAUGUUCUGUCACCUUAAGGGGCAACCAACUUGGCAAGCGUCAGAAUUUGACUGAUUUGUGUACCUAUCACUGAUGAUUUAUGUAUCAAUUGCCGAAAUAUACAGUCCUUCAAUCGCAAGCCUAUGAGCCCCAGAUUUUGCCUCUUUAGCACAAAAAGGGAAAGUUUAAUGCGUUGUAGAGUUUACGCGGCCUUUCUGAAAGCACAGUAUCGGUUGCGGUUCUUGUAUCUGAUGUUCUUACCACGAGUUUAUUUGGGACAAAUUGUAGCAAACAAGCUCAAUGUAUCUUGCCAGCCAGCUAUUGUGCUUCAAAUGAUCUUUACCGUGA